UCACAUACGAUUACGUCACUUCCGGUUAGCGGAUGUUGUUUUCUCCCUUUGUGAGCUUAACUAGCAUUUUUGUGUUUCACUGAUUUAUUCAUAUUUUCUUUGCCCUGAUUGCUCCAACGACAAGUGAAGCGUGAAGGACUUCCGGGACUGUUGUGUUUUCACAGAUCAGUGCAUUGAAGACCAAACAGCCGAUCAGCCAAUGAGCAGGAUCAUGUCUGCAGAAGUGGACCUGUCCCCUCCAGAGGUUCCUGAGCCCACCUUUCUAGAAAGCCUGCUGCGCUACGGGCUGUUUCUGGGUGCCAUCUUCCAGCUCAUCUGUAUCCUGGCUGUCAUCUUCCCCACAUCCAAGUCACAUGAACAGGAGGAGACUGAGUCUAUUGAUGGCAAGGCCACUGAACAGAUGAAGAAGCCCAAAGGACUCGCACCCCAGACCCGGCAGAAACCAAAGAAAGAGAGCAAAAAGAAGCGAUAGUGCUGUGUGUGUGUGUUUGUGUGUUUGUGUGCAUGUUACAGGUUUGUGUGAAUGCGUGUAUAGUCAACAUUGGCAGUUACCAAUACAAUUAUCACUACAGGUAUAACAUAUAAAUGAUGUGCAUUUCAUUUGAGACUCUUGAGAAUGAUCGCAAACUGUGUGCCCUUCACAUUCAAUACAAUAAUACAAAAAGCAAAUUGUCAUAUAUAUCGUUGGCACAUUUUGUAAUGCAGCUACGUAUUUGACAGGAUAUUUGUUGUGCAUUUAUUUUAUAAAUUGAAUAUCCCUGAUUUAAUUGUGUUUGGAUUUCAACUUUCAAAUAAAUACAUCGAGUCAUUUGUCAGAUUGA